CUCCACACGACAUCGCCCGCACACAGCCAUGAGCACUGCCAAUGACCUCCUACGCGUUGCAUUCGAAAACAAUGCUUCAAGCUGUGUGUAAAGAUCCCACCGAAAUUCUUGGCCUCUCGACAAAACGCGACACCCAGCAAAAGUCUCAACUGCCCUCCAAGAGGAAACGAGAUACGAUCUGCGGCCUUGGAACCUUCACCAAACCCUUCACGAUCAAACCGUACCCAGAGUCGCCAUAUGGCAAGCCCACCAGCCUCAAACCUGUCCGGGUCAUCGGCAGGUCACAGCUUCCGCUCACCUUUCUCGACACAUCCGCCGAUGAUGGCCUAGUCGCGAAACGUCUCUUCUCCGCCUACAUCGAUAUACUCGAGCAAUAUGACAUUUCACACAAUAAAGAGAAUGAGUCGCCCAGGGUUCUUAUUGCGCGAUCCGAGACGAAGAGGGCACUAUAUGUUGUGGAACUGGUCCAAAGCAGGGUAUACAGUCUGUGUAAGCUUGCGGGGUGGUUGAAGGAGAAAGACGUCGGAGAGCUGUGGGAUCCCGAAAGCCUACGGUGUUAUCCAAUGUUACCCAUGUCGGAGCAUGGUGGUAGUCUAAGAGGAGAGUGGUGGCGGCACACCACGGUAAUUGCUGAAUUAGACAAGGUGCCCGUAAAACGCCCCAGGCUAUCGAUGGUGCGACCGAAACCGAAGCCCCAGCUUAUGAUACCGCAACCUAUACCGCAGGUCGUCCACGACGGAGAACCCACACAGGAACAACCUGGGCCAAGCAUUCAGCAUCUUGUCCCAGAGGCUAUGGAGAUUCCUUCCCCACAAGAGCAAUUUGACGCUCUGGUGCAGCACUAUCUGGACGCCAUAUAUAUCUCUAAGACUUCUCUCGCAUAUCUCGCCAAAGGCCCAAUUGCUCGCAUCCGCAAUACGUUUACAUCACCCGACGAAGGCGCACCGCCCACAUACGAGCUAGUUACGUUCCUACGGUCCAUGCUUUUGAGCCACAAAGCCCAGGAGAAGAAGUACCAGGACAAGCUUCCAGAAAUGAUCAAGGCGAUCCCUCCCGGAUGCUUCUCGGACGAAGAAUUGGGCGAGGGAACCACGAAACAAAAGAAGCCGAAGAAGAAAGUGAAGCUCGGCCGAGAGGGCGUUUAUUCCUUUGAGCAGGAGAUUGUUAAGAGGUGGUGGAUGUCUGAGAUGCCGAAUGCGGAAACUCAUGGCGAGGAGACUAUCGACCAGCGCAUCAAGAGACGCGUCGGGGAUCUGCGGGUCCGCGAAGCGCUAGCUCAGAUGAUUCUGAUGCUUGAAAUCAUCGCCCUCGAGGUCCUAUCUACGUGUAAGGGACCGUCAGAGGAGGAACACAAUGCCGUUGAGGAGUCGCAGACGCAAGGGGCAUCACAGGCCAAACCAAAGAAGCGUAAGAAGAAACUGGAAGAUGUCAAACUCUUGCUGGAUUUGCUGUUGGAUAAACUAUGCAUCUGGCAAUCUGUUGAACAAGAGGGAGUAUUGGACUUUGAUGCAAAGGUACCCAAACAGGACAGUGGAGCAGGCGCCUCGGGUCAGCGCAGCGGAAAUGAUCGUCUACAAGGCUUCUGUGUCGAAGUUGUUAUUCCUUUCUAUAUGAGUCGACUCCCUGAGCAAGCCCGCAUGAUCAACAAAAAGCUGGGCGGACCAGCGCAUGCAUCGCCUCCGAAGCGCAAGGCAAUGAGGCCUCCAGCGACGUCGCGCAAGUCUAGCGACCCCAAAGAGCCCGAUACGAAGAAGCCCCGCCGCGCCUUAGGGCGAGUGGCUACGGAUACCACCGGACAGACGAGCCAGCGACGAGCCACUCCAUCUUUGAGUCGAUCCGCGACCGACUCUGCUCUCAUAGAUGGCAUUAAACGAGAAGGGAGCGAGGUUCCCUUAUCCGCAAUACCAUUCCAGCGCAGCCCAUCGGCUGCCGCCAGACAAGCGAUGUCUCAAUUCAAACAUCUCAAGGGACGCGAGAUUGACUUGGUUGCACCAUCUGCGGCAGCUGCAGCAAAGAUGAAGCAGAAGAAGAGAGUCGAGGAGGAUCUAAAGGAGGCUAUUACGGCCUUGAAGAAACCAAAUCGUGGGCUGGCUGCUGGAAGCUACGCGGAUGAUAUCGAGCGGCGCGGUCUCGGUCUAUCUAAUCGAUCAAGGAAGCCGGCAAAUCCUGUUAGGAAGAUUGUCAAAGAUGUGCAAGUCUCAGCAACGCCCCGAGUUGCUAAAAGGACCAAAGACCUUGUGGAGCAGACGCCAGUCCAUCAUCGCAACCCGUUCUUUAGACCUCGCGAGACUAACGCGCCACCUUCGAGCGACUUUUGCAUUCCGUCUUCAGCCGCACGUCCCUCUUCCUCUACAGUCCCUGCGACUGUUCAACGUAGUGUAACAGCCCGAAAGAUAGGCGGUAUAGGCGUCGCCGAGACACCAUGCAGAGCGCUGAGCAACAAAACAUUUCUGACUUCAGGGGCGGAUCGAAAAGCAGUCUUUGCGACACCAUCGAAAGUGAGAGAAUUUUCGCCUGAUUCUCCGGCUCAAGUCCUUCACGACACUCCCACGAAAGCUGUGGCCUCGUCCCCUCCAGACAAUUUGCCCAUGAUUCCUCCCGCCGUAUUUGCGACACCUUCAAAAGGAGCCACGGCCGUACACGUUACUGAGUCCCCGUUACCCACUUUCUCCAAUCCAACAAAGGAUGGCGGAGAAGCGUCUAUCUACGAUGCAUUGGGCUGGAAUGACGAGGAUGAACUCUUAUGAGAUUGGUUUAUUUUGCUUUUACUGCAUAGCGAGCGUGCAUGAGGGUGGAACAGAUCUUGCUUUUCGAUCGAGCAUUGGGCGGCGUUGAAACGAACGGUAUGUUUAUGACAAUGCAUUAGGUCCCGGGCCUUCCCCCUGUUGGAACUGUUUCAGUCGGGCCGACCUCUGGUAGUUGACUUCGAGGCAUGCUAAUUAGACAAAUCCAAUGCAUGAAGUUAG